AUGCGUGCAGUGCGCGCGACAUUCCUAUGCCUGUCGCUCAACUUCACUCUUUGCAGCAUCUUCAACGGCCGCCACUACACGGGCCGUGGCUCCCUGCCCAUCGGCGGAUCGGAUGUCGCCACGUCAGCAGAUACGAGAUCAGCCGGCGUUUGGGCGUCGUCAGAUGCGUCGGGGUUUGUGCUGCUGGACUCGCGGCAGAUCUGCACCCACGACCAGUGGUCGCGCGCCACGCAAGGCCUCAUCCCCUCCUUACAAGCACUUACCUGCCCCUCGCUCGUGCCUCUUCACUGCCCCAGCUCUCCCUCUUCACUGCCCCAUCUCUCCCUCUUCACUGCCCCAUCUCUCCCUCUUGAUUGUUCCAUCUAA